UCUCAAUGUUUGGCACUACAUAUUCUUACAUGUUCCAAGUAUAGCAAUAGUCAAAUAACUUGCCAAAUCUUUCAACAUAAGAAAAAAAAUUUUCAAACCCUUUAUUCUUCUUAUAAUUACCCUAUCACUUCUUUCUUCAUGCGCAACAUUUUAUCUAUAUAAAUAUAGAUUGUCUCAGACUUGAGAAAGAUCAGAGAAUCAAAGAAAGUUCAUAACUCAGAAAUUUAGAAUUCUUCUUUGAGAUAUAGAAAGAGAUGGCUGCAAAAGCCAGUAUAAUGCCGGUUAUCAGUAAGUUGUACUGUUCUUCUUCUCAGGUAGUGCUGGUGGUUAGAAGGAGGCCACAUGUAGUGAAUGGAGGAGGUUUCGUGGUCACGGAUUGUAGCCAGAAGGUUGUUUUCAGGGUUGACGGUUGUGGGGUUCUUGGUACUAAAGGGGAGCUUGUUUUGAGAGAUGGAAAUGGGGAUGCUUUGCUUCUCAUACGUCGAAAGGGAGGAAUGGUGGAGGCCCUUAGCAUACAUAAAAAAUGGAAAGGUUACACUUGUGACUAUGAAGGAUCACAAAAGUUGGUUUUCACUUUAAAGGAGCCCCGCUCAUGUUUAGCAAGGACCAAUGCCAUCAGAAUCUCCAUUGAACCGAAAGGAAGCAGCAAGGAGUGGGACUUUGAGAUAAAAGGUUAUUUCCCUGAUAGAAAUUGCAGCAUCAUUGAUUCCAUAGGCAACAUUGUUGCACAGAUUGGAGUAAAGAAGGAAGUAGACGAGUUGAUGGCAAGUAAAGAUCUUUAUCAUGUAGCGGUAAAACCUGGAAUCGAUCAAGCUUUUAUUUUAGGAGUCAUUGCUGUUCUUGAUUACAUUUAUGGUGAAUCUACCCGGUGCUGAAUGUUCUGAGGAAGCCUAAGAAGGUUUUCCUUUUAUAACCACAAAAAUUAAAGCUCUACAUCUAUAUACGGAUAAAAUAAUGCUGUAGUAAUGCUUUAUUUUUGUUUAUUCGUUCAGACUUGUAUAACUAGAUUGGGAAUCAAUUAAGAAGCAAAUUUCAGUUAAUGCAUUUUUGUUUCAUGAUCAGAAGCUGUAAUUUUAAGUAAUUAUGACUACUGACAAAGAUAGUUGAUUUAACUAUGUAAUAAAAUGGCUAGAACGAGAAGACGAUUAGCUUAAUUUUGCCUUCAAACAAUUACAGGCAGCAUAAAGUUUGCUUCACAUUCUAGUUAAGUUAGAGAAGAGACCAUGGCCAGAAGUUCAAAACAGAUUAAAAAAAAAAAAAAUCUCGAGGAUUAACCAACAUCUCAUUCAAUGGCUGAGGAAAUAUCAGAGGAGCACCCAACGGGAAGAAAAUAUGAGCGGCCUUCUAACAAGUUUAGCCGACAUUGCUGAUUAUAUUAGGGAUCAAGCCCAUAAUAAAAUUGGAUUUGGACAGCAAUGGCUUUUUUUUUUUCCACCACAUAAAAACACAAAGCAUAGAUUCUUAGAAUUUGUCUUUUUCAUCUUUUUCAAUUUUGCCAAGAGAUUAGAAAAUGCACUAACUUGAAAUUCCAUUAACAAGGAAAAAAAUAAUAAAUUAAUGAAAGAAUCCUGUUCCUAUCUAACUUGAAAGGAUUAUAUUUGCUUUACAGAUUCACCAACCAGUCAUACUUUAUGCAAAUAGUUGCACAAUUAAGCCAACUACCGAAUUUCGGCUUCAUCUUUCUUUCAAUCUGUUUCCUCUUUAAUUGCAAAAAAAAAAAAAAA